AAGUGCACGGACUUUGACCCCAUCCCGCCUUGCCUGCCUGCAGAGAUGCUCCCUCUGUUUGUCCGAAGGGGGAGAAUCGAGGGACGGCCAAUUGUCAGCAGUUAAUGCUCUUCACAUACCAUCUUUGAGUUCACUUCCAACCUCCCAAAUCGCCGCCAUAAACGGCGGAAGACGGUGACCUUCCGAUCACCGACAGACAGCGUGGUGUGGACUAAGGAGGAGGAAGAUGAAGAAGCAGCAGAAUCGGGCGCUAGUGAGUGGGCGGGCUUCCUCUAAAACGAUCCGACUCGUCGCUCUCCUGGUGGUGAUGGCGCUCGCCUUGCCCUUCCUCCACCACGGCCAGCUUUCCUGGUUGACCCCUCGCUCUACUAAUGGAGUGAGAACAUGGAAAUCAGCAAUACCGAGAAUGCCCUUCUCCCGGAGCCGAAGUGGCAUCAUCUGCGACGUAUCUCAGAAACGCUACGACGUCUGCUUCGUCAGCGGGCCCACCAAGAUGGAUCCCGCCUCCCGCUCUCUCCUCCUCCUCCACGACCCCUCCAAGAGUUCCCCUCCCCUCACCCGAAAAUUACGGCCCCUGCCCCGCAAGUGGGAAGCCGAAGUCAUGCUCAACGUCACCGAGGUCACUGUCAGCUCCGCCAUCAAUGCCACCACCUGCGAUUUCUACCACGACGGCGCCGCGCUGGUCUUUAGCACCGGCGGCUACAUGGGCAACCUCUACCACGACUUCGACGACGGCAUGAUCCCUCUCUUCAUCACCUCCCGCUUCAUCGCCGGCGACUUCGUCCUGGUCAUCUCCGAGUACCACAACUGGUGGGUCCGCAAGUACUACCAGGUUCUGCGCCGCUACUCCCCUCACCGAAUAAUAAACCUGGACAACGAGACCUCUACCCACUGCUUUCACCGGGGCGCCGCCGUCGGCCUCAUAUCUCACGAUGACAUGACCAUCGAGCCGUCGCUGAUGCCCGACGGCGAGGACAUGCUCAGGUUCCGGGCGUUCCUCGGCGAAGCCUUCUUCGACAAGUACUACCACCUCCACCGGCACUCGACAGACGGGGAGCUCCGGCCGGUGAUGGUGAUGGUGGUCCGGAAUGGGAGCCGCAGCGUUCGAAACCAGGCCGACGUCGUGGGGCUGGCCGAGCGGGUGGGGUUCGCGGUCCGGACGUUCACGCCGACGAAGGUGACGGACUUGAACGAAGCGUUCCGGACGAUAAACGCGAGCCACGCGAUGAUGGGGGUGCACGGGGCGGGGCUGACUCACUCCCUCUUCUUGAGACCCGGAUCCGUCCUGCUGCAGGUGAUCCCGCUCGGGGCGGACUGGGUAUCAGAGACGUGCUUCGGCCGGCCGGCUCGGGCCAUGGGGUUGAAGUACUUGCCGUAUCAGAUCGGGGUGGAGGAGAGCAGCCUGGUGGAGAAGUAUGAGAGCAACGAUGUGGUGUUGAGGGACCCAAGGGCGGUGGUGAGGAAGAAUUGGGCGAACACCAAGAGCAUCUACCUCGAGGCUCAGAGCGUGAAGCUCGAUCUGGAGAGACUGAGACGGUAUCUGGUAGUCGCGUAUCGGCACGCGAAACGGUUCAUGGAAGAAGCGGACGGGGCCAACCAUUGAGAGUGGCAAUGGUGCUGUGAAACUGGCGAGGAGGAUCGAG